CUCUUAAACAAACUGAACUGACAUCCGUGUGUCCCUGUAAAAGUCCUCGGAAUGACCAAAACGGGAGCAGCCGUCGAUUUUGGGUGGAGUAGCCACUUCAAUGUACCAGCAAUAACGACAAUAGAUAGCAUGUCAAUGACAUAAAUAUGAACCCGAACGUACCGUAUUUCUGUUAGUUAAGUGGGCACACCUUAACAAUACGGUAGCAUUUGCCAUUGUGUUGUUGACUUCGUUUUAUGGCGGGUCUGUCGUAUUUAGUUUUAAGAUUUUCGGGAUCCGCCGGUCGGUCCUAUGGAGUGUUUUCCAAAGGGUUGACGAGGACUUUGUUGAUAUUUUUUGAUCUUGCAUGGCGUCUGAGAAUCAGGUUCCCCUAUAUCUACCUCAUCGCGUCGAUGAUGUUCAAUGUGAGAUUACAGGUCCACAUCGAAAUCCACUGAUCCACCCUCAUUCAGAGUUGAGGACCUCUGCUUGGCGUGGCUGGUACCUUGAGGACGAUCAUGUGGACAAGGAUGACACUACCAUCAAAAAUGAGUAUGUCAGUGCACAAAACGUCAGGAAUGGUGUCCAAUUCAGCUUACGUCACUGAGGCACGGUGCCUUAGUUUGGAAAGGACACAUCCCAAAAGUGACCUGGGGCGGGUGUUGAUCUGUGAGUGUUGUGAGACACACCCGUCAUAGUCCUACCUUUGCUGUAGACGUUGGGCUACCUGUUUGGUCAAUGGAAAAAGCAGCAGAUGGAGAGUGGGAUGUGACACACUGCCCUAUGUUUUUAUUCAAAUGGCGAGGACCUACUGACAUUUGUGAUGAAGUUUCCUAACGAGAAAGAAAGCUGAUGUUUCUCUGGGACUUUCUAUCCACUCUUUAUUGUCAAAGGUUGACAUCUUUGUUAAUUUGGAUUACCAUGUUAACCUGUGAAAUGAUGACAAAAAAAAAAACUGGAACAAUUGUUACGGAUGUGUAGAAUUAUAUAAUUAUUGACACUGCAUGACACCUUCUGGCAUGUUUAUUUUAUUCCGUUUACUGGACACUUGAAAUAAGAAGGUUGGCUAAAUGAAUGUUUGAUAACCAAGUUAUCUGACAGAAUUAUCAUAUAGCAUAUCAACAGCCAUUUAGAGCAUUCAAUGAGCUCGGCCAAAAUCUCAAUGGCCAUAUAUGGUACGUUAAAAACUGAUAUUGCAUCUAACUCUAUUUCAAAAUAAAAACAUUUCCAACCAAAUGUGAUACAUUUUGGGAAAUAUGUUCUCAUCGUAA